CGCAUGGCGUCUUGAACGAAGCGGACGUUUUAUUUUCUUUCAAUUUCAUUUCUUCCGAACUUUAGAUUAGAUCGUGAACACAUCCAAACUUUCUCCCGAAAACAUUUAUUUUGUGCCAGUUCUAUUUUUAAAAAGUUAUGAGGUGCUCUCUUUGCCUUCUCGGUGUCAAAUUGUGUGUUCUUUUUUUAAAGUGCUAGUGUAGUUAAACUUUUUCGAAAUAUGAAUGGCGUGGAAACGGAACGAAGACAGGAAAAGGCGGGAAUAUGUGACAAACACUCCGCCUUGGACGUGUCCUCAUCAGCCAGGGACCACGACAACUGGCCAAAUGCUGACAGUAAUAGAUUAUCAACAUACCAAGCCACUGGCGACCGGUCGACCCUCCUCCGGGCGCACGCGGCCAAGUCGGCGGAGUGCGGGCAGGGCUCCCCGCGGCCGCGGAGACUGCCGCGGGAGUCCCGGAGGGUGUCGCUUGCGCAGGCGUCAGGAUAUGUGCAGCUCAACCAGUAUAGACUGCUGGAGCCUAUUGGACAGGGUUCUUAUGGAAUUGUUAAGCUAGCCUAUAAUGAAGAAGAUGAUACCCACUAUGCAAUGAAGAUCCUGUCAAAACGCAAGCUGAUGAGACGACUGGGUCUGUUCGGCCGCACCCCCCCGCGUAGGCCAGGCCCCGGCCCGCCCCCCGACCCCCUGCAAAGGGUCUAUAGAGAGAUCGCUGUGCUCAAGAAGUUAGACCAUCCCAACGUGGUCAAACUGGUUGAGGUGCUGGACGACCCAGCAGAAGACCAGCUGUACCUGGUGUUCCAGCUGCUGGAAGGCGGGCCUGUCAUCGACAUCCCCACAGACCGCCCUCACAGCGAAGCCCUCGCCAGAAGAUACUUCAGAGACGCGUUGCUCGGAGUCCAGUACUUGCACUAUCAACGAAUAGCUCAUCGCGACAUCAAACCAGCCAACCUAUUGCUGGGCGAGGGCCGAGUGCAAGUGGCAGACCUCGGAGCGUGCGGGGAGCUGGCAGAGGGGAGGGGGAGGCUGUCUGGGGCUGUCGGUACUCCUGCCUUUAGGGCUCCCGAGGCGGCUGCUGGGACGGACAAGUAUGAUGGCGAGGCAGCAGACAUGUGGUCGCUGGGAGUGACGCUGUACGCCAUGGUGACGGGCCGCGUGCCGUGGCUCGGCGCCACGGCCGCGGAGCUCCAGAAGCGCGUGCUCGCGGAGCCCCUGACGUUCCCCGCCAGGCCGCAGCUGUCGCGUCCGCUGCAGCACUUGCUGGCCAGGAUGCUGGACAAGGAGCCCAGCACCAGAGCUACUAUGCAGGAGAUCAAGGAACACGAGUGGGUGACGGACGGCGGGAAGGAGCCACUGCCGUCAGAACAGGAGAACUGUCGGCUGGUGGAGGUGACGGACGAGGAUAUGGCGAGAGUCGUCACCUCCAUACCCAACCUCUCAACGCUCAUACUCAUCAAGACCAUGCUCAAGAAACACAGCUUCCAGAACCCGUUCCUCCGCAGCCGCGAAGGCAGCGCGGCGCGGCGGCAGUCGACCGCGCGGCCCGAGCCGGCGCCGACGGCGGCCGCGCGCCGCGCCGGCCUCGCCCGCGCCGGCCGCUCGCUGUCCGCGCCCGGGAGCUAUCUUACUGAUCGGCAACAGUCUUUCGACAUCGGCCUGGAAUCAGUCCAAGAAUCCAACCCGAACGACGCCACAUCACCUUCAUCACAGGACUUGGUCCCUGCAACCUCACAACCUCAAGAAAACCGACCUUCAACACAUAAAGCACCUUCAGCACCUCAUGAAGCACAAAGCGUCUCUUCGACACGACAAUUACCUGAAUCAAAGGACCAAGUGUCCACGAUGCAAUCUCAAGAGACCGGCGAUGUAAAAGCUACACGAACGCAAGGGACGGCUCAGGUUCAAAACGCACGGUGAUACGGCAGGUCAGGCGGCCACAAGCCGUCUUGUCCAGGAUUAUGUCUAGCGUUCUUCUUCUGUAGACUUUGAUUAUCCCUUUCUAUUAACAGAUAAUGACAUAGUUCAGUUUUGAUGAUAAACGCCAGUGUUAUAAGCGAGAAAAGCCCAUGGAAUUAGUAACGCAGCUUUAGGCUUUACGAUGGAAUUACUAAUUACUAAUUCCAUGUUAAAGCCUAAAGCCAGGUUUGUUCCAAACGUGAGACAAUUGUAAUGUUACUGACCGAACUUACAUUACAGAUGUCACUUAAAGUCAUAUACAUAGGGAUACAUAUGGGGAAAAUAUCUAAUUUUAUGUUUGAAGCUGUCACCACUUUUCGUGGUAAAACACCAAAGAGAAACCAAUUGAAGUAAAAGUACGCGUAGCCAUAAUUCAUCUAAGAACUAAACAAACAUGGCAGAUUUAUUAGGUGAUUUUAAUAUAAAAUAUAAAACAAUUCACAAAUUUUCAACACAUAUCAAGCCAUGAACGGUAGCUCCGUUAUAAGAAACAUUCUGGUCCAGCUGCACACGACAGGAAUGUCUACUCGAAGCGAAUCUUGAAAAUUGUUUCGAAUAAUGCUUGAAUUGCCUUUAAGAGAUACUUCGGUCGAUAGUGAAUAUUUUCUUGUUCACUAUCUGUAAAAAUGUAAUUUCAAGUGUAAACGCAUUGAAAAAUAUUUCGAAACUUGUAUAAGUAUCACAAAAUUUUAAAUACACGGAUAUUCAUUGAAAAAUAUUAAGUGAAGACAUAAAUAACUUCUACAAAUUUACUGAUGGUGUAAGUUGGAAAAAACAAUAAACUUCUUUUGAAGUUUCAUUUCAGUUAUUUCAAAGAAAAUUUGUGUUACACUUGAUUUUUUCUUAUAUUUCUUGUUGUUGGCAAACAAAAAGUUUAACAACUUCGGGGAAAAUGAUGAACGAAAACAAAAAGGCACUCUGUUUUCCCUUCACAGACGUAGAAGUGUUUCUCUAAAUCAUUUCUUGCGACAUCGCUCUAACAUUUUUCGUAACCAUUCAAGAUUUUUUUAUGAAUGUCUCGCAUUUCGGAUAUAAAUUUACUUAUUAAGGAUAUCAACGUGUAAUUGAACAUACAUUUAUUAACUUUAAAGCAUUACUAAAAUGCUAUAGGAACAACCAGUUUUUUUGAAAAGAAAAAUUAAAAACUUAAAUCGGUGUUUUAAAAAAAGUAAAACUAGACUUGCCAGAAGAAAAGUAUAGUAGUAUUUUGGUCGGCUAAGCCUACUAGUUGGUUGAUAUUUUAGUUUUUUUUUUUUCAAAAAUGACGUAAAGUGAGGUCGAUAGCAAUUAUAGAGUGGAUAGAACUAGUCGGGGUUUUUCAAAUGAUAUUUUUGUAUCUAGCAUUAAUAAUUGUACUAUGUAUGAAAUGAAAUUAUAAUUUCAUAUUCGAUUUCAUUCCUCGCCUCGUCGUUGAAACCUUAAACGAAUUUUAAAUGCCAGCUCAUGUUUUAUUUACUCAUUGAAUUCUUUGACAACGUACUCACGUUCUUUCCUGAAAUUUACCUUCAUCUUUUCAAGUACGUGCUAGCACUGGCGUCAGAUUUUAUUCGAGUCGCCUAAAGGCAUCUGACAUGACUUUUAUGACCACCUACCGAUGUAAAGGGUCAGUAGUCUCAUACACACACUGGUGAACUUCAAUUGUCAAGCAGUGUGCAAGCAGUGUGUGAUAUUUUCCUUCAACGAAAAACAUCGUAAAAAUUCACCUGAAAGUUAUGAAUUUACUUUUUUGAACGUUAACAUGUUUGUCUAAAAGAAUGUCAUAGGCUUCGAUGGGUUAUUGUUUUAAUAUGACCUUGAUGUUUCAGUAAAACUACGUUAUUACUUGUGAAUUACUCGCUUGAUUUAAAAUAUAAAGAGUAAAAAUUCAAAAUUCGUUUAAGAGAUAUGUGUGUAAAGAUAAUUAUAUUCGCUUUAAAAACUUUUUAACGUCCUUUCGACUUAAUAGAUAAUAUAUGCACUUAAAUAUUUUUUGAAUAACUUUAUUUUGUGGGGGUAAUAGUCUAAACAUGAUUUUAAGUUCCUUUUUUGUUUAAUAUAAUUAAAAGUAGAACUUGUAGAUUAUUAUAAUAGCAUUGUCUACCUUUGUCCUUUACUGUAUAUACACAAUUUAGAAUUUAAUUCGUAUAAAAUUGCUCAAUUCUCGUCAAGUGUCCCACAUGUAAAUAGCUUUAGAUUUUUAAAAUACGAAUGUUUUAAUAAAUUCUAGUCCUAAUUAACGACUUCGGACCUAUUUACUUGAGGACAAUGUAUUUCCAAAUUUGUACUGCGAUGCUUAAGGAAGAAAUUACAACUAAAUGCUGAUCUUGUGUGAAGUCUGUUUAUGUCUAAAGUUGAGUUAGAAUCUCGCUCGACUUCUUUAAAUAUAUAGAGAAUAUAUUUUUCAUAGUUAUCUUUUAUGCACAAAGUCAAUAAUGAAUUUCUGUAUCUAAUUGCCCAUACCUCAUUGAUGCAUAAAAGUAGAAUAUAGAUGAACUCUUGCAUUUGCGAAAGAUUCUUAAGUUAAAACAAUAUUUCUUUACGAGACUACAAUUUGAAUGGAGAUGAAGUUACUGAAUAUUUUUGUUAUAAAUGAAGAAGUCAAACACUUUAUUUUGCUAUUCCAUAGUGUUUUCAAUAAAUAAUGUCUUAGUUUAGGGACGCAUUCUCAGGAGCACUUUAUCAAUACAACAAAGACGGGUACAAAAUACGUAAAUCUAUUUUCGAAUCAUCUCCAUUCAUUGCCAAUGUUUUGUAAAGUUGUAAUCCUCCCUAAUGUUAUUACAGGGACCGUCAAUUUUCUUUAUAAUAAAAUAGCUUUAUGUACAAGCUAAUUUAUGUAAAUUAAAUAGCUAUACUAUACUGUACUCUGAUUUUUCAACAAACAUAGCAUGUAUGUAUGUGUCAGGAUUACAAGGGUAAUGGUAAAAUAUAUUUUGCACACACUUUCUUCUAAUAAAAAUGGUCACGUUUAAAAUGCGUUGACGUUUCAUGCAUAACAGAUUUUUUGUAUAACGUGAGUUUAGUAUGCACAGCUGACUAAGGCCGCCACGAAAAGAAAACUUUUCUCCUUAAAACGAAAUAUCUUAGUGGCUAAGUCAUUUAAAAAAAAGUUGUUACCCAUAAAAUCAUAAAUUUAAGUUUAAUUUCUUCUUUGUACAUACAUCUUGUAAUUUUUCAAUAUGCAUUUCAUAUUAAGCGUUAUGACCAAAAUUGGUCCAAGAUUUGAGCAUACCAACGAAUGUAAUUUAAUUUAGCGUACAGGGUCCCCCAUUUCGUGCCGUUAUUGUCAAGCUUAGUGUAGGAUGAGUCCUGAUGGGUUCUUUGAGGACACGCAUGCUCAGCGGCCAUUCCAUUCUAUUAUUAUAUACCUCCACUUCUUCGUGUUUGUGACUACUUCAUCCUGGCUAAGGCGGGAAAACGAGUGACAAUGACUACCUAUGUAUUCCGGUAGUUUACAGGCAAAUUAUAUAGCCAAAUAACAAUUUCGUUCGAAAAAGACGAGAGUACAUUUACCCAUACCAGUGAUACAGAGAAGGUUUUUUCAUAUUUUUGUUUUGCUCGAAUCUGAUUUAAAAUCUAUAGGUGACUGUAAUCGGUUGCUUUAUUGAAAUCAAUAAUUUGGCUGAUUUCGUGACACUCGUACGUGAGUUGAUAAGAUCCAUUAAUAAAAAACAGUUCAGUGGAGUACAGUAAUCAUAGAAUUAUGUGUGCGUGUACCAAAAACACACAUAUAAUAUUAAUUUACGUCAAAUUACAACGUCAAUUCCGAAUCGGGUUUUGUAUAUUUACCGUGGAGUAUCUCAUGUAAACUCUUUUUUUUUGACGUGACAACGUCUUAAAUUAGGUUGCGGCUGGGAGUCACUUAUGAAAAAGUGUAACGCCCGGUAACGUUACGAUGAGUCACCGAACGAGAGAGAGGCCCGCCGAAUGCCUUGCGUCUCUCUCCCACUCAACUAUGAUCGGUCUGCCGCGCGCGUAAAAAGACGUUGUCACGUAAAAUCUUCGCCCGUAAAACCGACUUUACAGGCAACCAUUUUUUUUACUUACAAUGAUUUGAAGUUGAAAAAUACGCAUCAAAUCUGAUUCGCACAUAAUCAAUUUUAAGCCUAAGCAUGCGUGUGACUUAUCAAAAACCAGCUCCCUGCAAGCGGAUGGUCCAAAUAUUAAUUGCCUUUGAAUGUUGUGAUAGACGAUUAGGGAUCGAAGCUUUUAUUAUUAUAAUUAUUAACUAUUAUGUAUUAGUUAUCUAAGGUUUUAAAUCUCUAUUCAUAGUUUGAAAUAUGAAUUUAAAUUUUAAGGUCGUGUCACGUAAAUAACAUUGUUUCAAGAAGGUUGGUCGAUUCAAUUUGAGGAGCAUUUAUUUUUUGUGAAUAGUGUCGAUUAACUACUAACUUAAUACUUUUUCAACAUCCUUCAAACUUAAAUCUACGUAAUAUGGUCUAUGUCCACCGAAGCUAUGACAACAGUGUUCUUUACGUGUAUCCACUGUUAAUUCUAAGUUAAUUCGUAGGAAGCUAGUGAGAUAGAAUAUAUAAGCAUCUCUUACUACAGAAAUUGUCAAAACAAUGAUGCGAGAGUACUUUUACUAAGUAAAUGUUUUAUCGGAUCUGAUUUUCUAAUACUUCAAACACUUUAAUAGUACUUAGUUCAAUAUUAUUAAACUCAAAUCUAUGAAAUAGUCUGAUAUUUAGUAGAAAUCAGAAUAGUUUGCCGAUAAGAUCAUCCUAACUAAGACAUUUAUAAAAACAAACAAUCUUUAAAAAUAUAAACCUUUUUAUAUUCUUAUCCUGUAAUAGAUAGCACAAAAUGUUUUCAACUAAAAAUAAAUAAUAUAUUACGAUAUUGUCAGUAAUUUUCAUUUCUUAAAAACACUCUUUAUAAUGAAGGGUUGAAUAUAAAUACCAAUUUAAUUGAAAAAUAUUGUGAGUUUCAAUAUUAACUUUAAUUAACCUCGGCCUUACCGACCAGUUUUAUUAUAAAUAUAUUUUAAAAAUUAUUGUAUAACAUUAUUCAAAUGUUACAAUAUCUUUAUCAUCUGAUUGUAUCGUGUCUUCGAUUUUUGAAAAAAGUUCUAAAGGUUUCUAGGUAAAUCCACUAAUUUAACUAAAUUCAAAAGCAAACAAAUUUAGACCUAAUAAGAAUGCCGAAACGAAUAUUCCGCAAUGAGUUUUUGGAAUAUUUCGUAAACCAAAAUAAAUUGUUGUAACGAAGUUGGAGCUGACUACGCUGCAGACAUUCCCAAAGGGAAAUUCACAAAUUCCACUAGCAUAAUUUUAACAAAUUAUUUCGUUGUUUACAUACACUUUCUAAUUCUUUAUUGCAAAUAAAAAACAAUUUAGAAAAAAGAGACGCAACAAGAUUGAUCUUAUCCUGGACUCCAUCCAGGAUAAUAAUAAUAAUAGUAAAAGAUUGAAAACAAAAUAAUUUUGUUUGUUAUUAUAAAAACAUCUAACAUUUCAAACUGACAUAAAUCUGUCAUAUGACUACGUUCCAAAAUACGUUUGAUUUACAGAAAGAC